AUGACAUCUCAUGGUAUUUUCCCAACUCCACUAGAAUACAAUCUAAAAUUCAUCAAUAGUCUUGGUAAGCGAUGGGGAAAUGUGAAAUCAUGUCUUAAGAGUAAUGGAUCUCUGAAGAAGUUGAAGCUUUACCACCUGUUUGAUGAGCUUCAAGGUUAUGAAUCAAAUGUUGCACAAACUUUGAGAGAACUCUCAGGAGCCGAAGCUCGCCAUCAACCUAAGCACGCACUUCCGCCUUCUCCUCCAACCCAUCUCUCCUCUUCGCCACAGUCGCUGACCUACGCGCCUCCCGUCAAGGAGACGUAUCUGAUCCUACUCCUUCUUGGUUCACUCCCAAAAGCUACAUUCUUCAUCUCCAGAGCAACUUUCUUGGAGGAAUUUCCUCAUCCUCUAUCCCGUGUCAAGCAACCAGCUGGAUAUAGAUUGUCAUAUCAGAUAGAUAGUUGACUCUUUAAUCUGGCUUGGAAUUCGA